AUUGAUUUUAUUUUAUUUUAUUUUAGGUACUACACAUAAAACUUAAACCUUACUGUUGGAAGUCAAAGGAUGCACUAUUUGGAGAGAAAUACAUUUCUUUUGGAUUGGAAGACUCAUUAUUAAGACAUUAUUUACCAUAUUUGCCUUUCCAGCGGUGAUGACCUCCCUACAAGAACAUGCCCCUUGCGAAGGAUCUCCUGCGCCUGCCCCUGGAAGAGGAGAAGAGGAAGCACAAGAAGAAACACCUGGUGCAGAGCCCCAACUCCUACUUCAUCAACGUGAAAUGCCCAGGAUGCUACAAAAUCACCACCGUCUUCAGCCAUGCACAGAUAGUAGUUCUGUGUGUCAGCUGCUCUACCAUCCUCUGCCAGCCCACGGGAGGAAAAGCAAGGCUUACAGAAGGAUGCUCUUCAGGUGGAAGCAGCACUAAAAGCUCCCUGAAUCAAGAUGAGUGGGACACUAUCCCAAUAAACAGAUUUUGGAUAAAAAAAAUAAAAAUAAUGAAAAAAUAA